ACUCGCUCCUGCUCACGACGCUCUCCUCCGUCUCAUCCUCUGCGGCCUCACCCCAAGCCGCUCUUCAUCUUCUUUAACGACCCUCGACGAAUCUGACGACAUUCGGUUCCUCUUUCCAAGCUUACCCCGUCUCUCCUAUUCUCAAGCUUUCUCUUCUCAUACUACUACUCUACUUCCCGCUUCUCACUCCCUCAAUUCGUGCUAGAAAUGGAUUCGUGGAGAGUGGCUGUUCUCGGCGACGGUGGUGUGGGCAAGACAGCUCUCGCUGUACAGUUCACACUCAAUUGUUUUGUGGAGGUUUGUCACGUCCUUGACUCUGUGCAGAUGACCAACCUGAAAUGACAUGUCUCCAGACUUACGAUCCCACUAUAGAAGAUGCGUACCGCAAACAAUUGCUUGUCGACAAUCGGAUGUGUUUUGUUGAAGUAAUUGACACCGCAGGCCAAGAGGAGUAUGCAACAUUGCGGGAUCAAUGGGUCCGGGAAGGACAAGGCUUCAUCCUCGUCUACUCAAUCGCGUCCCGGGCGACGUUCGAGCGAUUAGAGGUAUUUCGGCAGGCGAUGUUGAAAGUAAAACGGAACAACCCCGUCGUAUUUUUGCUCGUUGGCAAUAAGUGCGACAAGCAAUACGAGCGGGAGGUUACACGGGAAGAAGGCUUGCAGCUUGCACGGACAUUUGGAUGCGAAUUCCUUGAGACGUCCGCGAAAACAGCGCACAACGUCGAACGUCUGUUUACGACUCUUGUACGAUUGCUUCGGCAGACGAAAGAGCAAGAACUUGCAACACCAGGACCAACUCGUCCACCAGAGGAGAAGAAGAGGGGGGGGAUUGGACGAAAGUGUAUUAUCAUGUAGGGCAACAUCCCAGGACUUACCAUAGAACCCACCCCAUUUUAUCGCUCCGCUUGUUUCUCAUCUUUUUUUUUCACCAUUCAUUAUGAUACCACGUUUUGCAUCCUUCUACUCUGGUUUUCUCUUAGGGCAUCUGGUUUGUGCUGAAUGAUGAUCGUUCUUUUCAACUGCUACCGCCCUUUUUGUUGGUGCCGGCGGUUCUGCUUACACGAUGUACAUAUAUUCCCCCCUUCUUGCAUGAUCUCGGCCAUGCUUCUUCAUGUACGUGUAUCAAAAAGCCUCCAGCAU